ACACCGCCUCAACGAUCGCCAACUGGAAAGGCCUUGUUUUCCAUCAUCCUCCUCCUGCCUUUGCUCUCCACUCUUUCACUCCAACCCUGUCGCCUUUGCGUGUCGAUUACUUUGGCUUAUUUCAAGAUAGGUCUGAAAGCGGAGCACAGUUGAUGUCUCGCCUGCUGUCGCAAGUCUGCUGAGCACGCUCGCUCUUGGGCAUCCCACGGACUCAGAUUUCCCCGUCGAAGCUCGACAAUCUUCGCAGCCUCUGUCUCUCUGUCCUCAUUCCCGGAGAACAUGGCCGAGGUUCUUGGUGUAGUUGCCGGUGGUGCGGGCCUCGCUAGCCUUGCGCUGCAACUGUUCGAGGUUUCCCAAAAGCUUCACGAACUGCGUGCCAACAUUCGCGACGCUCCUGCCGAUGUCCGCGAGAUCCUUGACGAAGUCGACCUCUUGCGCACCGUUCUCUCUCAGUAUCUCAAUGUCUCUGGAGUGGCUGAUACUCACCGUCUGCCGCCGACUCUGGUGCAGAAGCAAGCUCUGGACCACUGCUUCAGAGUCCUCAGCGUUCUACACAAUAUUGCACAAGAGCUCGAAACGACGAUGCGAAAUUCAAGCUCGAAGCGACUGAUCAAUUGGGCUAAGGUCGAGGCCGUCUUCAACCGGAAGCGAUUUGUCAAACUGCAGACGGCCCUCGAGAGAGCCAAGUCGACACUCGUCCUUGCCAUCCUGACGAAUCCGAGUUCGAAACCCAGGAUCCCCGAGAACGGAAUCGUCAUCAACGAGCCCUCAAGAAAGGAGUCUACAGAAGUUGCUGCGUUCUCCGCGAAAUCGACCAGUCUCAAAGCACCCGCCACAAGCACAAGGACUACAAGCACGGGCUCCUGGAUCGCGAAGUACAACAUAGGGAUCGCAAAUGUGUACGUCAGAAGCAAUCACAGUCCACAACGAGCUGAGGCCGAGAAUGGUGCGCCUCAAAACCGGCUUAGGAUGUCUGUUUCGUUUGCGUCUUGGAUUUUCAGCACUGCACUGUCCUUCAUGUUCGACCGUCGGCCACAAGGGAUCCGGGUGGCGCUACAAAUCAAUCGACUCGUUCGACCAGAUGCAGAGAUAUUUCACCUCUGUGCUGCAGGUGACGCGAUGGGUGUUAGGCGGUCCAUUGCUGAUGGAAAAGCUUCAGGUUGCGACGUUACUUACGAGGGAGUUACUCCGCUAAUGGUCGCCAGCCAAUACGGGCAUGCCGAAGUAUGCCGUGUUCUUCUUGAUGCAGGUGCAGAUGUGACCGCAAGUUUUCUUGAGAUUUCCGGAGAUAUUACACUCCAAGUGACUGCUCUGACCCUUGCUCUAAAUGGAACUUACCUUCCACCGUCUUCGGCUACGGCUCUCAGCCGUCACGUUGACCCCUGGUUCGACUAUUGGCUGGGUGUCAACAAAAGCAAAGUUGGUGGGGGACGUCCGUAUGCCAGAGUGAAUACGGAUACUGUCCGCGUUCUUGUCGAGCAGGGAGGGAGCUGCAUUGACUUCGGCUGGUCACCACCCUCAUGCAACCCCGAUCACGUUAAGUAUUCCAAUAAUUGGACGCCUGUUCAUCUGUCCCGAUGUACGCCAGAAGAUUUUCUCUGGCUAAUGGCGCCAGAGAGAAUAAAUUUUGUUGGCAAAGAAUUGGAUAUGUUCUAUAUGUCUGUGGCCUUCAUACAGUGUUACGUCCUAAACUCGGACCCUCGCAGGAUAUUCACUGCUUUCUCAAAAGUUACUGAUUUGUCAAGAUUGGCAAAAUUCCACGAGGACAGUGGGGCAACUAUCUUGGACUAUCUAGUUUCAAUUCUACCCUUCGUUAAGGGUGAAUCUUUGCGUUGCCUUAUACUCAUGUUGGAUCAACUGGUACAGGCAGGUGCGAUUGAGACUGCAGAAUCUUUGAGGAGAUGGGCGCUGCUCGUGUGGACUACUGCCAUGAGCCUUCAUCGUUAUAUGUCCAAGCACCGUGCCUGGCAGCCUGAGCUUGCAUCACGAAUUCUGACUAGCGGCUUGAAUCUCUGGCUGCAAGUAUUGGGAAGGGCAAAGGUUGAUAUUCUUCGCUACCUCGUCACACAAUGCGAGCGUGGCGCAGCGGAUGCCAUUGAGUGCUAUGUUUCUUCGACGUCCACGGAGAAGUUUCCCGAACAUUUCCUCGACCAAAAAUGGUACGUUCAGUUAUCCUUUCGGGACAACGCUGAAGCAAACGAGACACACAAUCAUCUUCGGUUCUGGAUUGAGGCCAAAUACUUUUCUGUGCGGCGUACCUAUCCUGCGCCGGGAGGCUGGCUCAGCGAUGAGGCCGAGGGAAGUCAACAAGGCGCUGAUGAUAUGGAUCAGUUGCACAUCGAUGGACUACAUUUGGGAAAUAGCGACGAUGAACUGAAGCUGGAAGGCAGCGAUGAGGACGAAGAUGAGACAUCUGACGAGGACGCCACUGAUGAGAUUUAUGAAGUUGAACAGCAGAUUCAACGAGCCGUCCCGUAAGUGACGGGCGUCUGCUCAAAGAAGGCUGUACGGCAAAUGGCAAUGGCAUCAGCAACGCUGCAGACAAAUCCUCUAUUUCUCCUCUCCCCAAGAUCACGACGUCUCCAAUUCCUCUUCCGCAAACCUCCUCAAAGCAAUCUGAGACUUCAACAUGUCAAUCUCGUUACUUCCAACAUUAUGAUGUCUUCCGACGAAACUCCAGCACCCAGCUUGGUGAGACUCCACGUUGCCGCUCGCUGAAACUCACCUCCCACCGCGAGUCACACUCUUUCAUAAUAUCUUCCAAGCCUCGACUUUGCAGCUGUUUCUCAGCGACGUCUUGCAAAUCACCCAGAAUUGUGGAACGAAUUCGAUGAACCGCCUCCACGGGAACGCCCCAGGUCCCAUAGACGUACAUCUCCAGGCUCCGGGUCAUGGCCAACUGGAGACCAGUCAACCUCGGUAUGAUAUUUACAAUACAGCCUGGAGAACAAAACCUCAAUCUAUGGCUC